CGGCAGGCUAUGGCCAGUUGUUGGCUGUCAUCCUGUCAUAUUCUAGUGUCGAGAUGGCCCAAGGGCCGAGAACGGUGCCUCGGCAAUGAAGAACUGGAGGCAUGACCAGCGCCUCUCCUUUUGGGGGCAUAAACAGGAGAAUUUCUUGUCACAACGCUCAGCUGAACAGCAUAAAUCUUCUGAUUUGUUCUCAUUCUGCGAGAGGGAGAACCGCACUACGACCUUUCUAGCGGUUAUUUGCCUACACAACGGAGACAGUGUGUACUUUGGAGCGGUCCCUCAGGGUUUGACCGGUCGCUAUGUUUGCUCGCAUUGCGACGCUGCUCUGCGCCGCUGUUGCUUGUGCGACGGCAGCAAGCAAUUGUCCAGUCGGCCAUGACGCUGACUGUGCUCCGUACGACCUUAGAUGUCAGCACUUGUCCGGUGUACCGGCGAUCGACGUUCGCAAACCGGUCUUCACGUGGAAGAUUCCGGUCAUAGGACGCGGUGUGUCACAGGAGUCCUAUCGUGUUGUGGUGUCGGCCGAUAGAGCAGUUGUCGCUGCUACUAGUCUGGAGACUGGCAAGGCUUUUGAGAAAGACAGUCGGGUCUUGUGGGACAGUGGAUUGGUUUCUAGCUCGGAGAAUUACAAUGUGAUCUACGAUGGUCAAGACCUGCAGUCAAGAACCACUUACUAUUGGAAGGUACAAUGGUCUGGCCAGGAUGGUGCGAUGUCGGGAGAAAGUGACAUUGCAGCAUUCCAUGUCGCCUUGCUCUCACAGGCGGACUGGCUGGAUGCAUCGUGGAUUGCCGCCCCCUUGGCCAAGACUGCACCACUUCUUACCACCACUAUGUCCGUGCCUGUGGGUCUGGCUGAGAGUCACCUGUACGUCUCGGGUCUUGGCUGGUGCAGGGUCUCAGUCAACGGUGCUGAUGUUACCCCAUUCGAGCUGGGACCAGGAUGGACGACAUACAACAAGAAAGUGACAUACUCUGCAAUCAACGUCACCCAACAACUUCAAGGUGCAAAAGCAGCCACCAUCGCAGUCACUCUGGGUCUGGGUUGGAGAGAUGCUGUCUUUGCCUCCAAGGAUGGCAAGUUUCCUGAUGACAAGUACCCAAGAGUGCUUAGAAUGCAGGUGUCAAUGAAGCAUGCAAAUGGCUUGACACUCGUUGGUACUGACGAAAGCUGGACAUGGCAGGAGACACCGAUUAUCUACGACUCUAUGUACAAUGGAGAGACGUACAAUGCAUCUCUGAAAGACCUUCCACAGCCGCUGAGAAACGCAUCAAUGGUGACAGGUCCAGCGGGUGACAUGAUUGUCUCGCAGAUACCACAAAUCUUGACUAACCGAACCGUUAAGCCGGUGAACAUUUCGCAACCCCAGGAGAAUGUGUGGGUUGUGGACUUUGGAGAGAACCUUUCUGGUCGUGUCAAGGUCUCCAUCAAGAAUGCAUACUCAUACGUCAACGUUCCCGUGACUUUCCACUAUGCAGAGAUUCUCAUGCACGAACCAUACGGGAGCCCCAUUGGUCUGCCCUACUUUGGCAAUCUGCGCGGAGCCAAGGCCACAGAUACCUACAUCAUCAACGGAAAGGACGAGAAUCCAGAGGUGUAUGAGCCAUCGUUCACCUACCAUGGCUUCCGCUAUGUGCAGAUCACUGGAUGGCCUGGCCUAGUCAAUGAGGACGACAUCACAAUGAAUCACUUCUUCACCUCGUUGAAACGUUCCGGCACAUUCAACACAUCUAGCAAGACCAUGAAUGCCAUACAGCGUAAUGUUUGGAGCGGCCAGGAGUCUAAUGCUAUGAGUGUAUUGACCGACUGUGAUCAGCGUGAUGAGAGACUCGGAUGGAUGGGUGAUGCUGGCCUGUCAUCGGAUUCCUACUCGCUAAACUUUGACAUGUCUGCAUUCUUCCCCAACAUGCUGAGGAACAUUGAGAUUGAGCAGACUGAGGAUGGAGCUAUUCCGGACAUUGUGCCGUGGGUGCGGGGAGGGGGUAGACCGGGCGACCCCUCGUGGAGUGCCGCAUAUCCCCAGAUUGCAUGGUGCAUGAUGCAUUACUAUGGUGACACAACCGUGGCAACCAAGCACGCCAGUGGCUUGAUGAAGUACGUGCAAGAGAUGAUGGGAAGGUCACCUGAGGACUUCACGAAGUACCCUGGUUCCUACGGGGAUUGGUGUCCACCACCUCCCAACAAGAGGGUAGCUACAGCCGUGCCGUCGGCAUUCAGCUUCACCAACAACCUCCGACAGAUCGCUGAGAUUGCGAAGGCCAAUGCAACGGCUGUAGCAUUCCUCACCAACACGUCCAAUGAGUAUGUUCAGAGAUUCGAGAAGGCAUUCCUCUCCACAGGUGGUCACUAUCUGAAUGACAUGCAGGUAUCGUACGCUCUGGGAAUGGCGUUGGACAAACAGUUCACCUCAUCACCACAAGCAGCUAACUUCGUCAAGGCCAUCCACGCAGCCAAGGAACAUCUCACAACCGGAAUCAUUGGUAGCAAGUUCACUCUUCCAGUGCUGUCUAAGAUGAAUGAAGGUGACCUGGCAUUGCAAAUCGUGGAGCAAACCGACUACCCAAGCUGGGGCUGGAUGGUGUUCAAUGACAUAGAACCUGCUACCGCCAUCUGGGAGCUAUGGGAUGCGUGGAAGGAAGGUCCUGGGAUGAACUCGAGGAACCACCAUAUGUUUUCAAGCGUGAGCGGAUGGAUGAGGACUCACGCGGUGGGAUUUCACAUCACUGAGCCAGGAAUGAAGAAACUCCGCUUUGAGCCGGCCAAGCUGACUGGCUUGAGCUGGGCGCAGGUCAGUCACGACGAGCCGCGGCGCGUGGAGUUCAACUGGCAGAGGCACGGAGGAACGCACUGCGCUAAGUCAGCAGAGGGUCCAUCGCCAAUCAACAAUAAACUGCCACAAUCUGAUCCCAUGCAUGUCACGUGUGGAGAACAUGGUGGUGUCAUCACCUCUGUUGACUUUGCUUCAUUUGGAAAGCCAAGCGGUCGAUGCGGCCAUUUUGAACAAGACGAGACCUGUCACAGCAACAACUCUUUAAAAUUGGCUGAACAGCAGUGCAUUGGAAAGAGUGUGUGCAUGUUGCCUAUAGGCGCUGAUUAUUGGGGAAAUCCCUGCGGAGGCGUCAAGCGUCUGUACAUACAGGUGACAUGCAGCAAGCCACACACGGUGACUACUGAUAUCACAGUACCGGCCGGCAGUGAAGGCUUGUUGUCGAUGCCCGCGUAUGGCACAGAGGGCACUGUCCUGUACGAGUCUGGUAACCUGCUCUGGGAGAAUGACAGGAUGUCCUCCAGCGAUCUGCCGGGAAUUCGUGAUAUGCAGUGGGACAUGGAGAAUGAUGCCCUCGCCGUUCAAGUGCUUUCAGGGAAGUACAGGUUUGUUUUGACUGGAGUGGCCCCGUCACAUCCGGCAAUGACACACACUGCUAUUGAAAAUGAUGAUGUCCUCUUGGAGUGCCCGGCUGGCCAUCGCAUUACACAGAUACUACGUGCCACGUUUGGUCAUGCUGGUCAUGAUGACGAGUGCAACGUGAAGACUGCCCACCGCACAGUCAAGACCCAGUGCUAUAUGAAACAACACUGCCGCUUGCAGGCUUCAUCCUCCAUGUUUGGAAGUGGCUGCACCAGGACUGGGUCAAGGCGUCAACUCCACGUUGAAGCGCAGUGCAGCAAGCGCCAUGCCUAGGACCAAUGCUCACCAUAGAUGGUAACUAAUGCUGUUGCCAUAAUACCUAUAAUGGCAGGUUAAUUUUGUGGAGUUGUCACUCGACCACUACCACGUUGUAUCCAUCCAUUUGGAGAUUUAAAUUCCUCGCCUUUAGAUUCCGGUCUUGCUUCAAAGCCAGGCCCAGACACUCUCUCUUGUCUCUCUGUCGGCACCCUGUCACACAAGAAUGUGUGUGUGGCAGUGUGCACAGCUUCUUUAGCUUUAGUUACUAGUGUGUUACGAUCAAGAACUCAUCUUCUCCCUGCUUCUACUUUCUUCGAUUUAUUUUAGACAACUAUUGUAGAAUCAUUUUUUGAAUAUGUUGGUGUUGUGGACUGCUGGUCAGUACCACCACUCGAGGCCCUCGAGUACUUCAAGUUAUGCUCUCCCUGUUGCUAAAGAUCUCGGCGUUGGAUUGCUGGGUGACUGUGCAAGCGUAUGGUCGACCGGUCGUCUUAUACCCGUGUGCUGUGGAGAAGAUACCGUAUAUUCUCAAAUAGAACUAAGUGCAGGUCUCCAUGACUAGCGCUGUCUCCAAUACCA